GUGACCGGGCGUGGCCGUCCCGCCCCUGGCGGCGUGUUCCGCGGCCUUGCGACUGUCUGUCCCGAGCGCGCAGCCGCGGCAGCCAGGCCAGGUCAGAGCAGCCCACCAUGGGACAGGGAGGGGGUGGAGGCUGCACCCCGCGCCCACCCAUCCACCAGCAGCCACCAGAGCGCCGCGUGGUCACCGUUGUCUUCCUUGGCCUCCUGCUGGACCUCCUGGCCUUCACGCUGCUGCUGCCCCUGCUGCCCGGGCUGUUGGAGAGCCACGACCGUGCCCACGACCCCCUCUAUGGCUCCUGGCAGGGUGGGGUGAACUGGUUUGCCAGCGCCAUCGGGAUGCCAGUGGAGAAGAGGUACAACAGUGUCCUGUUCGGAGGUCUCAUUGGCUCAGCCUUCUCUGUCCUGCAGUUUCUGUGUGCGCCACUCACUGGGGCCACCUCUGACUGCUUGGGGAGGCGCCCGGUGAUGCUGUUGUGCCUGAUGGGUGUGGCCACCUCAUAUGCAGUCUGGGCCACCUCUCGGAGCUUUGCGGCCUUCCUGGCCUCCAGGCUGAUUGGGGGCAUCAGCAAAGGGAACGUCAGCCUCUCCACGGCCAUCGUUGCUGACCUGGGCUCGCCUCUGGCCCGCAGCCAAGGCAUGGCGGUCAUUGGGGUGGCCUUCUCACUGGGCUUCACCCUGGGCCCUAUGCUUGGAGCCUCCCUGCCCCUGGAAAUGGCACCCUGGUUUGCCCUGCUCUUCGCAGCCUCCGACCUGCUGUUCAUCUUCUGCUUCCUGCCAGAGACGCUGCCGCUGGAGAAACGGGCGCCGUCGGUCUCCCCGGGGCUCCGUGAUGCGGCCGAUCUGCUCAGCCCCCUGGCCCUGCUGCGCUUCUCAGCCGUCGCUCGUGGCCAGGACCCACCCACUGGAGACAGGCUCAGCAGCCUGCGCCGCCUGGGCCUCGUCUACUUCCUCUACCUCUUCCUGUUCUCGGGCCUGGAGUACACGCUGAGCUUCCUCACACACCAGCGCUUCCAGUUCAGCAGCCUGCAGCAGGGGAAGAUGUUUUUCCUCAUCGGCCUCACCAUGGCCACCAUCCAGGGUGCCUAUGCCCGGCGGAUCCGCCCUGGCGGGGAAGUUGCUGCCGUGAAGCGGGCCCUCCUACUGCUGGUGCCUGCCUUCCUCCUCAUCGGCUGGGGCCAUUGUCUGCCCAUGCUGGGCCUGGGGCUGCUGCUGUACUCCUUUGCCGCCGCUGUUGUGGUGCCCUGCCUGUCCUCCAUGGUCGCUGGCUAUGGCUCACCAGGGCAGAAGGGCACGGUCAUGGGUACACUGCGCAGCCUAGGUGCUCUGGCCAGGGCCGCGGGGCCCCUGGUGGCUGCUUCAGUGUACUGGCUGGCUGGGGCCCAGGCCUGCUUCACCACGUGGUCCGGGCUCUUUUUGCUCCCCUUCCUCCUCCUGCAGAAGCUGAAUUAUUCGGCACAGACGCUCAAGGCUGAGUAGCUGAGCCACUGUGCCCAGGCUGUGGGCACUAGGCGGAGUGGGAGCCUGGGUCAGAGCCCUGCCCACUGCCUGACCCCCCUCCUUCCCAGUCCAGGGAGACCCUGUGGGUGGGAGCCGGCCCCCCAGCAGGAAGCCCAGGCAGCUCCUCCAGACUCAUUCCUAUUAAUGACGCCAAGCGGCAGCACUCCAAGGCUGUCAGGGUUUCUGUUUGUUUUCUAAACUAUGCACCAGGUUUCUGAUGAUGAAAUAAAGCACCUGUUUUAUACCAAA